UUCAUGCUGCCGGCCAAAGGCAAAACCCCCGUCUCUCUUUCUGUCUCCUCCUCGCUCUCGCCAGCAAAACUUCACUUCGAGCGUCGAAGCUGCGGCGGCUGCGGUGGCUGCGGCGGCAACGGCCGUCCUCCGGUCACCGGCGACUCCGAAGCCUUCCGGUCGGACGACCCUUGACGGCCAUAUCGUCGGCGAUUGAGAUCCUGCAUUCAUGCUGCAAAAAUACGAAUGCAAAUGUCAAGCAUGCUUGGAUAGGCUUUCUAGACUUUCGUGCUUAUUUGUUAAUCUAAUGACUCUGUGGAUGGAGCCAACCCUUAUGGUUGUUUAGUACAUAUUUUCAAAGCAACUUUUGGUUGGAAUUGGUAGCCUGCUCUUAUAAACUCCUCAUCUGAAAGAAAUCGAAAUUGAAUUCAUCCUUUCAACUCAGUCAUGCAAUCAUCUUUUCAGCUUCAGUCACCCUUGUUUUUUAGUGACAGUAACAGUAGUCGAAGUAUACAAUUGCAUGGAUGGAUGCAAACAAAGUUACCCAGUUCGGUUCAGCUUGUCAAGAAACUUAAAAUCAGAAAGGGUAUCCAGCAUUAUAAAUUCAUCUUGCCCAGGGAAGAGACUAAAUUGGCAGCUGUUCCCAAUACAGAUGACGGCCACCUUUCUGUUUCUACAUUGGAAGAAGAAGCAAAUAAAAAUAAUGCAUUCUUUGUCGAAGUAGACACCUGGUUUAGCAAAUGGUCGCCUCCCAGGUACCUGUGGAGGGGAUUAUCAGUUCUUAUCCUAGCAGGACAGGUUAUUAUCAGGACACUGAAGGGGAAACUCCACUGGAGGAACACUCUGCAACAGUUGGAGAGAGUUGGCCCGAAAUCAGUUGGAGUUUGCCUCUUGACUUCUGCUUUUGUAGGCAUGGCUUUCACCAUUCAGUUUGUCAGAGAAUUUACAAGGUUGGGAUUGAAUAGGGCAGUUGGCGGGGUAUUGGCCUUAGCUUUCUCCAGGGAGCUGAGUCCUGUUGUAACAUCUAUUGUGAUUGCCGGACGUGUUGGAAGUGCAUUUGCUGCGGAGUUGGGGACUAUGCAGGUAUCUGAGCAAACUGACACCUUGAGAGUUCUCGGCACGAAUCCUGUGGAUUACUUAGUCACGCCAAGGGUGAUUGCUUCUUGUGUUGCAUUACCAUUUCUGACAUUAAUGUGUUUCACAGUGGGGAUGGCGUCGAGUGCCCUCCUGGCUGAUAGCGUUUAUGGUGUUAGCAUUAACAUUAUCUUGGACUCAGCUCAAAGAGCUCUCAGAUCAUGGGAUAUUAUAAGUGCAAUGAUCAAGUCCCAGGUUUUUGGAGCAAUUAUAUCUAUCGUUAGCUGUGCUUGGGGAGUCACAACCAUGGGAGGGGCCAAGGGCGUGGGCGAGUCGACGACUUCUGCUGUGGUCAUCUCACUUGUUGGUAUAUUCGUUGCAGAUUUUGCACUCUCUUACUGUUUCUUUCAGGGAGCAGGGGAUUCAUUGAAGAAGUUGUGAGGUGGCAUACCUUGUACUUGGACGUGUACUAUGGUCUUAACCUUUAUAGUUCCGUGUCAUUUCUGUUUAGUUUGUUUACUUCCAUCUACAUUUAGGAAUUUUUGAGUGUUUUGGUUGCUGUUUCCUAUUUAUCGAAAAUUCGUUAGGCCUUUGAUCAUCUCAUAGUCCUCCGAGCUUUAGGGUAAGGGGGUGCCGGGUAAAAUACAAGAUUUGGAUUCUUUUUUCAGGUGUGUGUGUAUAUAUAUUUUUUGGGAUCUUAUCUAAAGUGGGUGUCCUUUUCUCUUUC